AUGAUUAAGACCCCGCCGAAAAUCCAAGCUCAGCUAAGUGAGGCGUUAACCAUCAUAGGUAAGCACGAUUUCCCUAGAGCUUGGCCUACUCUCUUGCCUGAAUUGGUGGUGACUCUGGAUAAAUUGAGCCAGGCUAACAACUAUGCUUCCGUUAAUGGGGUUUUAUCGACGGUUAACUCUUUAUUUAAGAAAUUCAGGUACCAGUAUAAGUCUAAUGACCUGAUGCUGGAUUUGAAGUACUGCCUGGAUAACUUUGCCAAGCCAUUGCUCGAAGUGUUUAAGAGGACUGCAAGUUUUAUAGACCAAACUGUGGGUUCUGGGGCCCCUAAUACCAUUUCUCUCAAGGGUUAUAUAGAGUCGCAGAGGCUUUGUUGUAGGAUAUUCUUUUCACUCAAUUUCAUCGAUCUUCCUGAAUUUUUUGAGGAUCACAUGGAUGAAUGGAUGAUUGAGUUCAAUAAAUAUUUGACGGUAAAAUAUCCUGCUUUAGAAGAAGGUGGAGGUGAUGGGCUUGCUUCUGUUGAUGGGUUGCGGGCUGCCGUUUGUGAGAACAUUAGCCUCUAUAUGGAGAAAGAGGAGGAAUUAUUUGAGAAGUAUUUGCGUGGGUUUGUGGAUGCAGUAUGGGGGCUCUUGGUGGUUGCCUCCAGUGAUUCUAGCCGGGAGAGGCUGACCGUGACUGGUAUCAAGUUCUUGAACACUGUUAGCACAAGCGUCCAUCAUAAUUUGUUUGCGAGUGACAAUAUUUUACAACAGAUUAUUCAGAGUAUCGUGAUCCCAAAUGUGAUGUUGAGGGAUGAGGAUGAAGAGCUUUUUGAGAUGAACUAUGUGGAGUUCAUACGGAGGGAUAUGGAAGGCAGUGACCUAGACACCCGUAGGAGGAUUGCAUGUGAACUCCUUAAGGGAAUUGCUGUGAAUUAUAAGGAUAAUGUGACCCAGAAGGUCUCCAUUCAGGUACAGAGCCUUCUGGCCUCAUUUGCAGAGAAUCCAGCUGCAAACUGGAAGCACAAGGACUGUGCUAUUUAUUUGGUUGUUUGCCUUGCCAUGAAACGAGCUGGUGGAAACUUUAUAACGACCGACAUUGUUGAUGUUGAGAGCUUCUUCAGCACAGUAAUCGUUCCAGAGUUGAGAAGUCAGGAUGUGGACGGGUUCCCCAUGUUGAAAGCUGGGGCAUUGAAAUUCUUCACCAUGUUUAGGCACCAUAUACCCAAGCAUGUGGCAGUGGCACUGCUACCUGAAGUGGUUCGCUUCCUUGCAUCUGAGUCGAAUGUGGUGCAUUCGUAUGCCGCUAGCUGCAUUGAGAAGCUCCUUCUGGUCAAGGAAGAAGGGGGGAGGCCAAGAUACACAGCCGAUGACGUUAAUCCAUUUCUGCUUGCACUGAUGACCAAUCUUUUCAAUGCCUUGCAGAAGCCAGAAUCUGAGGAGAACCAGUAUGUGAUGAAGUGCAUCAUGCGGGUUCUUGGGGUUGCUAAUGUUUCGCGUGAAGUUGCUUUGCCUUGCAUCAAUGGCCUGGCAGCUUUACUGAACAGGGUCUGUGAGAACCCGAAGAAUCCUGUAUUCAACCAUUAUCUCUUCGAGUCUGUGGCUCUUCUUAUCAGGCGGGCAUGCGAGCAGGAUCCUUCGGUUAUUUCAGCCUUUGAGACUAGCCUGCUGCCCAGCGUGCAGAUGAUUUUAGCUAGGGAUGUCAGCGAGUUCUUCCCGUAUGCAUUCCAGCUCCUCGCACAGCUUGUUGACUUGAAUCGAUCUCCUUUGCCAGUGAAUUAUAUGGAGAUCUUUGCGAUAUUACUCCUCCCUGAAUCUUGGAAAAAGUCGGCAAAUGUUCCUGCUCUUGUUCGCCUGCUCCAGGCCUUCCUAAGAAAGGCACCACAUGAACUAAACCAGCAGGGGCGGUUGUCUAGUAUUCUUGGAAUAUUCAACACGUUAGUCUCAUCUCCAAGUACUGACGAGCAAGGAUUUUAUGUGCUUAACACUGUGAUCGAACAUCUCGGUUAUGAUGUGAUCUCUCCCUACAUUAGCCAUAUCUGGGUUGCUUUGUUCAAACGGCUGCAACUUAACAGGACUGUGAAGUUCACCAAGUCUCUCGUCAUAUUUAUGUCACUCUUUUUGGUGAAACAUGGUCCAGAAAACCUUGUUGGCUCCAUGAAUGCUGUUCAGCCUGAUAUUUUCCGCACGAUUCUUGAGCAAUUCUGGAUACCCACUCUCAAGAUGAUCACAGGUUCAAUGGAGCUCAAGUUGAGUUCGGUUGCCUCUACUAGACUUUUAUGUGAGACCCUAUCGGCAGCAGAUCCAAGUCUCUGGGGUAAAAUGCUUGACAGCAUUGUUACACUUAUUUCAAGGCCGGAGGAGGAUAGAGUGGAGGAGGAGCCUGAUGUUCCGGAUUUUGGUGAAACUGUGGGUUAUAAUGCCGCAUUCGUUCAGCUAUACAAUGCUGGGAGGAAAGAAGAGGACCCUCUGCGAGAUAUCAAUGAUCCUAAGCAAUUCUUGGUUGCAUCUCUGGCAAAUCUUUCUACUCGUUCAGCUGGAAUUUACCCAAGAAUUAUUACUGAAAAUCUUGAUCAAGCUAAUCAAGCUGCACUGUUACAGCUUUGUGGCUCCCAUAAUCUCAGAAUAGUUUGA